AUGGGCAAGUGGACGCUGGAGACAAUCGAGAAUGUUCUCAAAGGAAUUGCUCAAAGGCUUUCGGAUAAACAACGGCUCUUGAUCUAUCGACUACUAAUCUCGAUUAUGGUCAUUUUACAGCGUGUCGCCGAAUCGACGCAAGAAGAGCAGGAGAUCAAAAUGGUGAAGUCUCUGAGGAGAUCAAUCAUGGAAAGAAUUCGACAAUUUGUAUUGGCUUUUGCUGAUUGUGAAUGGUCCGCUGAGCAAGUGAAGGCGCUAUGGAGAUGGGUGAUUUUGCCCCACGUAGAGGUUGUUCAUCGCGAUGAAAGAUCUUUAACAGUGGCACUUUCAUCCGUUGUUGGAGUUAUUGCUGCUAUUGCACAGAUGCCAAAAUUGUUCCACUUGCUCUGUGCUCGGCUUGAAGUUGAAAAUCUUAUGACUUGUCCAUUGAAGAUCAUGAUCGAUUCACUGAUGUGGGAAAAGACUGUGCCUCGAUAUAUGAACAUGAUCCGAUUGGGGAUUGUGUCGAUGCUCGAGUACGCGGACGAAACUCCGAAGUUGAUUGCGGAUAUCGAAUAUUUGCCUGUUCAACGAAGAGACGAUGUUAAUUACGGGACUUCCCUUCUUGUGACUCAAAUGGACAUCUUAUUGGAGUAUAUCAUCAGCACUUUGGAAAGACCAUCAAACCCAGCUAUUAUCGGAGAGAAUUUGAAGAUUUUGAAUGGAAUUUCUCCGUUUAUCAAUUCAAAGGAAGUCGCCAAACGCUUCGCAUUUUGUCUAUUGCACCUCCUCGAGAGAAGAGUAAAGGGAACAAAACCGGAAUCAAUUGCAAACUUACUCUCGACACUCAGCUCUAUUGUGGAGAAUCUCGACGAUCCGGUGGAAGUUUAUUGCAAAUUGCCAAAAUUCUUUGCUGUGUUCGAUAAUCGAACAACUCGCGAAGUCCUAGGAAAUGUUUGUGAUAAAUUGGGCAAAAAUCCAAAAUGUACGCCGAUUGAUGUCGAGAUUUUGAAUUGCUUAACCGAUCUUGAAAGCUGGAAUGCGAAACGACUUGAUGAACCGGAUUUCGACCGACGUGCAAAUGGUUACAGUCGAAUUGCGAAGAUUUUCCAAAAAGCGAACGAUCCACCGAACCUUCAUUUACUUGCAGCUUUGGCUCAAUCAAAUGCGCACACGAUAUCUACGAUUGAUGACAUUGCUCUUCGAGCUCAAGCCUCAUUGAAUCUCCGGGAUCUCAACGAUUUCAUCGCCAAACCGAUCUUCAACGAGAAAGAAGUUUAUUACAUGAUUGAUCAUCAUCUCCUGCCAUUGAUUAUCCGAGGAUUUAGACAAGAACAACAAAAUGUUCGAGAUGAGUUUAUUCGUGAUUUGAACGGACUUGUUUCUACGUUCCCCCAACACGGUCAUUUAUCACAAAUGUCGAAGGCUAAAAAUGUGGAAGAUCCUGAUCGAGAUUUCUUCGAAAAUGCUGUUCACAUUCAGAUUGGAAGACGUCGAGCUGGCUUUAAGAUUCUAUCAGAACAGAUCGAUUCAGGAGAGGUUGUAAUGAGGCCACAAAUUCUCGUCGCGUAUUUCAUCCCGUUGUUGAGACAUUACAUGCUGAAUGUCACCGAAAAAAUGAGCUCCGUUUCUGAUGCAGCACUUGAACUUCUGGUUUCGAUUCUGAAGAAAACAUCAUGGAAUGCUUAUAUAAAAAUCAUGGAUCAAUACAUCAAUCAAAUGGCUCAAGAUCUGGAGAGUGAAAAAGCCUACGUUAGAAUUGUUUGUGCCAUUCUUGAUGCUUUUCACUUUGAUGCAACGAUUGCGAAACAACAUGAGAAACGAGGCCGCAAGCAAAAGGAGGUGCCGAUGGAAGUUGAUGUUCAAAUUGUGCAGGAACCGAAUGAAGGAGACGAUGAAGAAGUAAAUUUGGAAAGCCAACCUAUCGACCAGAAUGCGGAGGAAGAAGUUUCACCCGAAGUUGUCUACGAAAAGGUUGUGAAGAAUUUACUUCCAAAAUUGAAAGCUGCAAUCAAUGGAAAGUUGAAUCCGAAAGCGAAAGAUGUGCAUAAACUAGCGAUGGAUGCAGGACAGAAACAUUACCAAGAAGAUGAUGACAUUCGGCGGGCUCCAAUCACCUUGGCUGCAGCUAAAGUACUUCUUCAUAUGCCCCCAAUUGUUAUUGAUCACAAUUUGCAUGGAGUUAUUAUGAAACUUGUUGAACUACUAGUGGCUAGAUCGGAUCGCGUACGAGAAACGGCUAGAAAGGUUAUGACUCAAGUAGUUCUGGAGUUAGGCCCACGUUAUUUUCCAUUUAUUAUCAGAGAAAUGGAACAUGUGAUGCAGAGAGGAUAUCAAGUUCAUGUACUCAUUUUCACGACUCAUCUCUUAAUCGGUGUCAUGCGGGAUCAGCUAAAGCCUGGCAAUUUGGACUCUUGCCUUGAUGUGAUUAUGAAGCUAUGCUGUGAAGAUCUCUUCUACGGAGCCGCUGAAGAGAAAGAAGUGGAAGCGAUUCGAGCCAAAGUUCCAGAGGCGAAAGCAAAGAGAACGAUGGACACAGUUGAGAAUGUUGGAAGAUUCAUAGGCAUUCAAUCGCUACGUUCGGUGUUGGCCCCGUUAUAUGAAGUUAUCGAAACAAAACCAACAGCCAAAGUUAUCAAAUCGAUUGGCGAAGUUUUGAGACAUAUGGCAAUUGGAAUAAAAGAUAAUGCCGGCAUCUCUGUGGAUACAUCGUUAGUAUUUUCGCAUCAACUUCUAACGGAAAACGUCGCUAAAAUGAAAAAUAAUGUUACAAACGAAAAAAAGUCGAAAGGCAUUAUCAAACCGGAAAGUUGUCUGAUUAUACCAAAGGAGCCGCGACGAAUCGGAGAAAUAUCAAAGCACUCGUUGAAGAGCCGUUCUCAUGUAUUCGUUGAAUAUGCGCUUCAAAUAUUGGCGUUUGUGUUGCAAAACAAAAAACUUGACGCUGGUAAUUUGGCGGAUAUUGAAAAACUCGAUCCAUUUGUGUCUAUCAUGGCGGAAUGUUUAGCACUCAAAUACGAUAAGGUUAACUCGUUAGCUUUACGAUGUGUGUAUCGAAUGUUGCCCUAUCCAUUGCCGACAUUGCACGCAAAUACAAAAUCUCUUUGUGAACGACUUUUUGUUAUCUUGGCCGACUACUCUGCGAUGGGAAAUGCUGGAAAUAGACAAACCGUUUUAGAGCUUAAUCAAUUAUUGUUUAAGACAUUUGACGGCUUGAUCAAGAUUUCAUCGGCUACUUUACUGGAUGCAAAACAUGUGGAGUUGCUUUUGAACUAUGUAGCGACGGAUGUCUUGGAUAGUGCAAAGCAAGCAACUGCUUUUGCUCUUCUGAAGACAAUCAUUGCAAAGGGAAUUCAGCAUCCAAUGUUAAUUGAUAUUAUUAAACUGCUACGAGAGCAAGCUGUGCUCAGCGAGUUUCCUCACGUUCAGGCACAAUGUCGUUUGGUGAUUGCUGCGUUUGUCGGACAACAUCCACAAUCUCGUGCGCCGAAAGCGGAAAUUCAAUGGUGGCUUGAGCAACUCGAGUAUGAACAUGAAGGAGGACGCUUGAGUGCUUCCGAGAUGCUCAACUUGUUCUUUGGAAAUUUCUUGCCAGACAUUCUCGACGAAAUCUCGCUUUUGGCCUUGGUGAAAAUCGGUUCUCGACUCGUUAAUGAUUCGUUACCCAAGUGUCGUCGAUUUUGUGCACUUUCAAUCAAAACAUUGCUCUCGAAUGUUAGUGAAGCAUCGAGGAAUGAGGCCUUCACUUCAUGUAUCGAUUGGCUCAACAGUGAACAGGAAGGGAAUUAUGCUGUAGCGGCUGGCAUCAUUGUGCAACUUGUCAACGUCGAAGGGGAAAGAUUCCGAGCAAGAGGCGCUGAGGCAAUCACACACUUGUCGAAAAUGUUGAGCAAAGAAGAUGCACUUGAAACGUUUGCUGAAAAUACGAUUCUCAGUAUCAUUGAAGCGUUGAGGACGAUUCUCCAGCACUCGAAUCUUGACAGCAAUGUUUUACUGUCAACAGUCAACGAGCUUUUGGGAAUUCUCAGUCCUUUUUGUCGAUGUGUUCAAGAAAUGGAAGACGUUCGCAGAGCCGCUUCUGAACUUAUUGGACAGUCACUCGCCAUGAUCGAUGCGAAAGCGCUCACCGACCCAUCACCAUUUGAUGUUUGUGAUUGGAUGAUCUUCCAAAUGAGGGCCACAAAAUUGACUGAUCCAACUGCUCAACAAGCAAUCAAAAAUCUCCUUUCUUUGAGCAGUGCCAUCUCGGAUUCGGAAAAAUGGCAGAAUAUUGUGGAGAGAACGGCAAAAGUUUGUCACUUUGAGAUACGCAAACUUCCGGAACAAGCUAUUCGGAGAUUGUUCCUAUUCAAAUUCUGCGCCGCUCUGGCAAUGAAAUUCAAAGAGGACACGGAAAAGUUGAACUACAUCGUUGAAUGUUUUAUGCCUUCCGUCACACGAGAAAUGCUCAAGAAAAGCACAAAAAAUACCGAUGUGCUAUUUGAUAUGGCAACACAAGUCGGCGAUUUGAUCAAAGGAUUGGUCGGAGAAGCGGAAUGGGCAAACCUCUUGAGCAAGAAUACACGAGAAAUCACCGAGAAAGCGGAGGAUAGAAAAAUUUCAAAGAAAGAGAAAAAUGUUGCCAACGUCGAACAAGCGAUUACGGAUCGACAAAAGAAGUACAAGAAAAAGGCUGAAGCGAAGAAACGUAAAAUUGAUAUGUGGAAACCGUAUCGCGUUGGAAAGAGGAAAAGACUGGAGGACUUGAGAGCUCAGCUCAGUGAUGAGGAUGAA